AUUACAAUUGUAUGUGGACCAACCUAAUGCGAGAUCUUAGUCACAUGACUAAGUCCCGACGUCGCAGUUACCGGGUCCAGUCUCAUUGUCGUCGUUAUCGUGCAAGGUGGCUGCUAAGAGCGGAAUAGAAUCGGUUCAUUCAGACGCGGCCGCGCUCGGUAAUUGUGUUUUGGUGAAAGUGUUGUAGUGGUUCCUGAAUCAAGACAGUAUUCUCUUUUUCUUUCUUAGUUAUAAUUCUUAAGGGUUUCCCCUUUUUUUUAAUAUGUCCUUACCCAAUUUGGCAGAGUUUGAGGAGGAGUGGGUGUACACAUACAUGGCCCUGUCCGACUCCGAAGUUGAGCCUAUGGAUGAGGAGGACUUCCGGGACUCCCUUUGGAGAGUGGGGGAGAUUUUUAGGCUAAACCCUGGUGAGCAACGCAGGGCCAGGAGAAGUGCUUGUAUUAAGAUAAUUUUCGGGUGGGAUAGUAACACCGCACAAAAUGCCGCCGCGGGGGGCGAAGACCAGGACAAUCCUCCCGCUCUUAUUUCCUCAGAAGAGCUUUACCGACGACAGGAAAGGGCUCAACGAGGCCCUUCACUGGAAGCGACAAUCCAGUUAUUAGAAUAUAAUGCUGCGCUUCAAGCGUUUUGGAUUUUGGCGGAGCUAAACUCAUCACGUGGUUUCCUAAUCAAAUUUGGCCCCUGGAAGCCGGCCCCUCGUAGGGCGGACGAAAAGGACUGCUGGCGUCAUGACCCGCGUCUCGUACGGGAGAGUCAUCCCAAACUUUAUUCCCGAACCCGCUGGUAUCAGGAGUAUUGCUGGGACGAACCCAGCCAGCAACACUUGUGCCACGGUUUCUGGGCUCCGCGGGAUUUCGUGGGCCUAUCUGAAAUUAACGGAGGUCAAGGUUUUACAAAAAUGAUUAAAGGACUUUGGCGACCGGGUAGGCGUAAUGUUUUCUGUUCCAAACACGCGCUUCCGGAUGUUCCUCCGAGUACAGGCUUCCAAUCCUUAGAGAGGAUGUUACGUCUGACAUUCCGACAGGCGUUUUUUCGGGAUAGCGAGGGGUUGACCCAUGGGCAGAAUCGGUGGGUGCUGUCCUUUAAUAUUGAACCGGAGGAGCAGUGGCAGGAGGUAGAUUCAAGGGGUCUGCUACGAAAGGGACAAUGGACCAGAGGAGGAGACGAUUAGGUUUUGGAGCCCGAGCUUCCAUCCCCUCUCUAUUAUUAUAUAUAUACUCCUUUUUUUAAAUCAAAUUAUGUGUGUUUUUUUAAACUCUAGUAGAGAAUAACUGAGACUAUUUUUUCAACAAAAAGCUCUUACGCUUCUUUCUUAUAAAAAAAUCCUUUCCAUUACUUGUCGCUUAUUUUUAUGUAACCUUCUUUGUAAAAUUUUCUUAUCUCCUUUUUCUUAACUACCUUGAUUCAGGAAAAUCAC